CAGGCUGGCUUCGAACUCACAGAGAUCCGCCUGGCUCUGCCUCCCUUGCGCUGGGAUUAAAGGCGUGCGCCACCACCGCCCGGCCACUCUUUUUAAUUAAGUCUUUAAAAACAGUGACCCCUACAAGCAACUUUGAAGAGGCACGUGCAACUUGUUACGCAUGCGCUCUAUCUUCUCAAUGAUUGGCGUGCGCUUGUAUUUUCUACUUUUCCUUAACAACGGUCACCGGGGAGACUAGAUCGGGAAGACGCCCCCUGUGGAUUGGCUGCCACUCGCUUCACCGCCUGUGGAGAACCACUAGAAGGGGCAGGUCCGGGCACUGCAGCGGGAGAGCUGGCUGUCCCAGGUCCCAGGCAAGAGAGCGCCUGGCUGUGGCUCAGAAGGACGCAGAGAUGAUCAGCCCCACAUCCAGCCAGAUCAUGGGUGUCAAGGCGCAGUCGGAAUCCGAACAGCUCCCCAGACUGCAGCAGGAACUGGAGAGGUGUCCCAGCUCGGUGGGUGGCUUGGCCAUGAGGACUGGAACAGACGUGCCGACCGAGUCUGCCGCAUCGGCCACUACCUCUGUGGACGUGGCUGAAGACCCUGGAACCAACUUAUUCCCGCCGCCGCUACCCCAGCCCCGGAUCUGUAUGUGGAAAUACCUGGACAUCCAUUCUAUGCACAGACUGGAGAAGGCAGCCACUGUGGAAGAGAUGAGAGAGGUUCUGGCUGAGCUCUUGGAGCUUGGCUGUCCUGAGCAGAGCCUCCGGGAUGCCAUUAUCUUGGACCUCUUUUCCCAUGUGCUCAUCUUCUGCCGCCAGCAGGGCUUUUCACUAGAGCAGACAUCAGCAGCUUGUGCCUUGCUCCAAGAUCUUCACAAGGCCUGUGUUGCCACCCCUUUGGGCAACGUGGAGGAAUGCUACCGCUACUUUACCAGCAACCUCUUCUGCCAUGGAGUCAGGCGGCCCCCUUUUAGCAUCGACCUCUUUAAAGAGGAACAGCUGCUGGCGUUGGCAGACUACGUGGUCAACACCUACUUCCGCCACUUCAAGCUCUACAAAUACGUCUUCACACCCCAGGUUCGGCUGGACCUAUCUUUGACUUACAUGGGGCUACAGCUACCCAAGUCCUGGCCAGAGGAGAGAGAAGAUGGUGAGGCGGCAGCAGAACAAGGAGCCUCUCCACAGGAGGAAGAGCCAGAAGCUGUGACCCGGCCAGAACAACAGCCAAGUGAGGUGUGCAUCCUCCAAACCUAUAUCAAGACCCAGCUGAGCAAGGAGCUGAGGCAGCUGCAGCAGCUGGUAGAGGAGCGGCUCAAGGAGAGCGAGGAAAGGAUGAGCAGCAAACUGGCUGCCCUGGAGCGGCCCUCUCAGCCCCCGCCCAGCAAAGGCAAGGCCAAGACCAAGUGAUUCCCAGCAUCUUCUCCAAUAAAGACCUGGCCAGAGCAACCCG